AUGCCCUGGACGCUGGUCUGCACAGCCGACAACACCUUUGAUCGCAUCCACACGCUGCAGAGGCGGGUCGCGCGUGUCGAGACGAUUGUCGUUGCCGGGGGCGGCUUGACUGGAGCCGAGACAGCAGGCGAGAUUAGCUAUCAGUAUGGCAGGAAGGGCAAGAAGGAGGUUUACUUUAUUUACAACAAUGAGCUGCCGUUCUCGCCGGCCGUCAUGGAGAGUGCUUACCUGCCGACUACUGGCAUGACGCCCAAUACUUUAUUUGUGCCGAAGGGCAUGCUCGAUAAGAACGGAUAUAUCGGGCAGAUGUCCUUCCUUCGGGCAGACGGCUACAAGAACAUUUUUGCUGUUGGCGAUGCGAAAAAUCUCGAGGAUAAUAGAACUCUCGCGGCUGAUGCCCAGGCGGGGCAUCUCACCAAGGUCCUUCGGGCAUACUUUAAGGGCGGGAGCUUGCCCGAGUACAAAGUCAACAGCAAGACCAUGUAUGGCAUUCCGCUCGGCAAGAGCAAGGCAACCGGCCAGAUGGGUAACAUGAAGGUCUUUAGCUGGCUCAUCUGGUGGUUCAAGGGCCGGUUUCUGGGCACGGACAAGACCCCUGGUAUUAACGCGGCCGGAAAGACGACCAUGUCGGCAACGUUUGAGAAGUAG